CACUCCAUUGCUGCCAUUGCUCUGAUCGCUUCACUGGCGCUGUGCGCCGCUGACGUCUCUCAUUUGCCCCUCUCCCGGAGCUACUUGCCUCCGCUCAGUGGUGCCGGCGGCUACUCGGCGUACUCUUCUUAUCCCUCGUAUACGGGCAACUCCUACUCCGGUGGUGCCUACUACCCGGGCUCCCGCAUCGGCUCUGGCUACAACUCCGGCUACAGGUCCGGCCUAGGCUCCGGCUAUGCUGCUCCGCUGGUCACCUCUGGCUACAACAGCUAUGCAGCUGUGCCACAGUAUAAUACCUAUGCCACGCCCACACGCAACUAUCUGCCAGCCCUGGCUGGAUACUCCGGCUCUGGCUUAGCUGGCUCCGGCUACAGCGGCCUGGACACUAAAUACGCCUCCAAUGGUGGCUAUAUCUAUUAGGAGACGAUCUCAGGCUUUGCUGGCAACAUCUAUCUAU